UACUUUUGUUUUAUCUCAGCUGUCAUGCCCAACAUUACUUUUGGGAAAUCAUCAUCGACGAAUCAAACAGGAAGAGUUACAGGGAGUCGUCGACACGAACCAGGUGUCAAACAUGUCCGUCAACAUUGUCAAAGACGCAGAAGCGACUGUGAUCACUGUGACGACGGACAAAAACAGCAUGCUUCCCCCAUUGUGUCAGAUCCUCAAAGCUCUCUGCUACAGUCCCCGGUGCUUCAGAUGCACCAUAUACGAAGGAAUGAUGCCGACCAGCGUGACUGCAGCUCUUGGGGUGAUACAGAUCAUGGUGGGGCUGUUCAACAUUGGACUCGGGUCAGGACGAAUAAGCAUGCAUCCUGAGGAUUUUGCUCAUCUGGGAGUUUCUUACUGGCUGGGUGGUGUGUUCCUUUUGUGUGGAAUCGUCUCUCUUCUGGCCGGCCGGUUCUCCUCUUUUUGCUUGGUGGGCUUCGCUGUGGUUAUGAACAUAGUGGGAUUUAUCUUUUCCAUCGUUGGCAUUGUGAUGUACAGCAACGACCUGAGAGAAGACUUGUCUGGCAGGUUUUGCGAAUGGAACGGGUGGAAUGAUUGCCGCGUUGUGUUGUCUAUUUAUCAGCGUUUGUUGACAGGUAUUGACAUCACGAUGAUCGUCGCGACUGUUCUCCAGCUGUGUGUCUGCAUUAGCUUAGCUGUUCUGAGCAUCAAAGCUCUGAUCAACAUGAAGAAGAGGAAGGAUAUAAUCGAGGGCCAGUGGUACAAGUGGACGGGCCAAGGCCCACCCAAAGGCGUCACCUGGCCUGUGAGCGGGCCGGAAGAUCCUCUUGGUGUUUUCUACAAGUUUUAGGAAGACCUCCUGACCAAUCCUGAGGCCUGAAAUAAUUUCAUCCAAACACAGAGACGUAUGAGGAGGAUCAGCAACACAUCUUUUCAAUCCUUCACAUAUCGGCUUUAAAAAUAUCCUACAUUAUACAUCAUCUUUGAAAUACAAUAUAUCAGCUUUAAAGUCAAACUUCUUUAAUCACAUUCAAUCAAAUCACAACCAUAUUAUGCAUGCAGUUAAACCGUGAGAUUGGAAAUGUGUUGUUUCUAAAUGGCUCGUAUCAGCUUGUAAAUUAUGUUUUGAAGUUCUUUUUAAAGAAAGUUGUUAAAAAACAGAAAAGUUUGACAGUCAGUGUUUUUAAUUAGUUACAUUCUAACUUCUUAAUUUGUUAUGAAGACAUGUUUUAAUCUCUGCAGUUAAAAGGAAAACUAUAGGCAUGGUUAGAUACCAAGGCGUAAGUGGGACAUUAUUAAGUGAAGUUAUUGUUUCAAACACUAAAACUUGGGGCUCUCAUGGUUCAAGUUGGAAGAGCAAACGACAUGCACAGAGCUCAGCGACCACUGUUUAAACAAACUGAAGAAAGAGAGGAAUGUUUGAGCUAGAUGUUUAUAAUCCCGAGACGUGUGAGUGUGUGCAGCUGCUUCACUGCUGUGUUGUGAAAGUUUUAAUCAACAAGAGAGAA